AUUGGUUUCUUCUUUUUUGCGUCCCCCCUUUCAUUUUUUAGAUUCUCUUCAUCUCAGCACGCCAUGUCAUCUGGCUCUCCAGUAACAAUCCACGCCACGCACAAAGUGCACUGCGCAGACAAAAGCCGCCUUGAACAGGUGCCAUGUCCCUUUCUUCUCGGCCCUUUCGACCACCUGCUACCGGCCUUUGCCACAAUCGCGGUCGUCUUUGUAUGGAGACAGCCUCCUCAGAGCGAUAUUAGCAUCCCUAAUAAUACCACCCACCCUCUCAUUUCAUUCGACCUUCUACACACUGCCCUUUCCCGACUCCUCGACUUCUACCCCCACCUGACAGGUCGAGUACACAUUAACCCCGAGAAUGGGAGUCCUGAAAUCCACCGCUUAGGCGAAGGUACCCAGUUAAAUAGCGCUACAUGCGAUGCCUCGUUCCCUCAGCAUGUCGCGCAACUCGCCCCAGAACAUAUGCCCGGACAAGGAAAUGCGCUGCUGCCGGAAUUCAAUAGCACACCGGACGGUUUUCCACACGAGCCUGUCCUGAGUAUCCAGCACACUCGAUUUGCGUGUGGUUCUGUUGCAUUGGGCGUGCGUGUGAAUCACACUCUAUGUGACGCGCGUGGCUUUCUUCAGCUCGUCGAGGAUCUGGCGGAUGUUUAUCGUGGAUUGCGAACUGGAACGGCUACAUCUGCGCAGCCGGAGCAUCUGCCAUGCAUCACACCCUACUUGUCAGAUCGAGCGUUGAGCCCGCAGGAAUCAAAAGAAGCGCUGAGGUUCAACCCGUUGGAUUACCAUGUUGAUCGACAAGAACAAGAACCAACAGCGGACUCGUUCAAAUCAGACAAGCCCGUCACCGGCAAACUGCUACAUUUCAGCAGCGGCGAGCUCCGAGCCUUGAAGAACGCCGCAACCAACUCCCAAGCCCAGGGGCAGUGGGUUUCCACCUUCUCAGCCCUCUCCGCACACCUCUGGCUGAGUGUCCAGCGCGCACGAGCCUAUCUCCGGAAUAAAACCACCCCGGCCUCAGACACAACUAACGAUGCUUCUACCACCUCGACCUCGACUGAAACCGCCGACCUCCUCACCUCCCUCGACUGGCGAUCCUCCACCCGCCUAGCCCUUCCCCACCGAUACUUCCCCAACGCCGUGUCAGAGCCCUACAUCACCUUACCGCUGAACGAUCUCUCCCACUCCGCGCUCCCCCAAGCAGCACAACAAAUCCAAACCACCCUUCUCUCACGAACCCCCACCGACCAACAGAACACUCUGAACUGGGUUCUAGCGCAGCCCGACAAGCGCCAAAUCCAGCUCCGAGCGCGCAUGUUCUCCCCGAACAGCUUCAUCGUCAGCCAGUGGAAUAAGCUGGAUUUCUAUGGUGUUUGUUUCGACACGGAUACGCAGGGCAAAGGCAUUGGGCCGGAUAGAGCUUGGCCGCCUUUCACCGGGGAUUCGUCGGUUGAUGGGCUGGCUUAUUUUUUGCCGGCGAAGAGGAAGGAAGGGGCCGAUGGGGAUGGUGGGAUUGAGGUUGUUUUGUCGUUGCAUGAGCCUCUUUGGGAGGUUCUUCGGGAGGAUAGGCAUUUUAGGGAGUUUUCUGGAUUAUAGGUGCUUGAUUCGCUGGCAUAGUUGCAAAUUCCGACUACAGGUAUAUUGGUGCUGUUGCAGGUCCAGAAUACUUCCCAAACAAGUCGAUCUCAAUGAAUCAGUUCUAUAUGUGGGAUGGCGGUUAUAUCAUAGGUAAAGACAUGACGAAUUUUAUAUAGGGAGGUUUUAUUUCCUUUGAGAACAGGGAUAUUUGAUAGGAGCUGACAUGUCCUGUCUUAACUGGACCGGAAAAUCGACCAGUCACCACGUGCCCCUGGCCGCGUCUUUCGGGAAAGGUUUAUAAGUUAACCUUAUACAUGGAUGUGUUGUGAUAGAACGAGCUAUGUUCUUUUGGCUUUCUUGUUUUUCUUUUCUU